CGCGCACCUGCCCGCCGUGUACGCGCUGCGCGAGCGGCCCGCGCGACACCACCGCGCCGCGCUCACGGGCUGGCGGCGGGACGAGCGCCGGCGACUGGCGUGCUGUCUGCGGCAAGUGGGGGCUAAGUUAACGCCUUACAUGAGCCGGGAUAACACGGUGGUGAUAGCUAAACGUACGGACGGCAACAAGUACCGACGGGCACGUGAAUGGGGCAUCCCCGUAGUGAGCGCAGCCUGGCUCACUGACCUGCUGCUGGGAAACAUGACGGCGCUUUCUCAGAUAGAGAACGCGAAGUAUCAGCAAUUUAAUUUGGCGAGCCCGUUCCGCAUGGACUAUAGCUUAGUUUCCCAUUUAAUGAAUGCAUGGAAAAUGCCGAUAAAUAUAACGCAAGAAUCUCAUGAACGAGCUAAACGCAGCGCGGCGGCGGCGGGCGAGCGGCGUGCCAAGCGGGCCCGACUGGAGCCCCCCGGGGCCUCGCCCGGGCCUCCCCCGCCCGCCUUGGCUGGGGCCCCGCACGCCGCGCCCCCGCUGCACCUCGCUCCUCGCGUGCUUUUGUCUAACGUCACGCCACAGAGGCAAAAUAGAGUCGCAGCGAUUGUCAGGCAAUUGGGUGGCUUGGUUGUAACAUCAGCGGCGGAAGCCACUCAUCUGGUGAUGGACAAGCUGGCCCGCACGUGUAAACUCGUCAGCUGCCUCAUCACCGUGAAACACCUCCUCACAACCGACUGGGUCACAGAGAGUCAGCGUAUCAACAAGUUCGCCGACGAGGCGGAAUUCGCGCUUCGUAGCGAAACGUUCAACUCGACAUUCCGAUGCGACAUCGACGAGGUCCUGCUGAGCGGUGAAACAAGAAAGAAACUCUUCGAAGGCAUCACUUUCUAUCUCACGCCGUGCGUGAAACCUGCCAAAGCAAGCCUUACUGAAAUGAUCGAACUGUGCGGUGGAAGAGUUGAGAAGAAUCGCCGUUCAUAUGUGUCGAUACAGGAGAUGCACAGCCAGAAGCCUUUUAGCUAUUUGGUGCUGACUGUACCUAACGACUUGCACCUAGUGUACUAUUUGCUACAGUCAGAGAAGACUUUGAACGUCGUAUGCAACACCGAGGUCGUGCUGUCUGCUAUUAUGAGGCAGAGACUUGAGAUUGAAGAGUUUCUUGUUCGUUUGGAGUAAGUGAUAAUAUUAUUCUAAAAUUUCAGAAGGAAGCAGUUUUAAAUGUUUUCCGGUGGUUGCUGACGGUUAGGGUGCCUAUCCACUGGAGUGUAGAGGAGUAAAGCAGUCCGGAACUGUAGCAAUAUUAGACAAAAAGUGGGUAGGGAUUUCCGAACUUGUUUAAAAUUUUGUACAUUUUAAUGUCCUUCGCGGAGGUGUAGCGGAGAUACAGGAACGGAAUAGGACAGCGGCGCGGGGAGCGAAAAAUGAAGUCGCUUUCACUUGGUCUAGUUCACAACUGCGCUCCGUAUUACUCCCUCGUUCCGCGGCAGUGGACAGGCGCCUUAAGAAUAAAACACAAAAGCGUUAGUUAGGGUUAGUUAUAGAUAUACAUAUCAAUGUAUAUCUAUAACUAACCCGAUAAGGUUGAAUUGUUGAUAUACAGUUUGUAAAUAAAUCAUUCUAAAUAUAUAUUUAUAUAUUAAUAUAAAGUCAAUAGAAAUUGUCUUGAUGUAAUACAAAUAUAUCAUUUAUGGUACUGUUAUGGUUCGAUUCGAAACUGUUAAAUGUUCUGAUUUAUAACGAGCUUAUUCCGCAACUUCGUCUGCGUGGACCUCAAAACUGAGUUCACAAUUAUUAAUAUUGACGCAUUAAAAUAUUUUUGUCUAUAGUCAUAUCAUUGGCCAUAUUGUAAUAGCCAAUCUACAACUCAGGAAAAGUAAUGAAACUCAUUCGGAUUUUUAUUAUAGUAACAAAUAUUUUUUCACAAUAAUUGCUAAAUUUAUUUUACGUGACAAAAUUACAAAAGUACUUUUGAUAUUGUAAUUUCUUAUUUUGCCAUACUGUAGAUGGAGUUUAUUCUAAGUUACUGUAUUAGUUAAGCAAACUUUUUGAAUUUGCACCCGCCGAUAUAUAUUAUUAUUAUUAUUUUAAAUAUUCAUUAUUUUGCUAAUAUACAUUGAUAUUUACAUACAUUAAGAUAUAUGUGAAGAAGCAUUCAAUAUGACAUUAUUUAAUCACUUUAAUUUUACUUAAUAAUUCUCGAGGACCUAAGUUAUGGAAAGCACGAAUAGUUCUUAAUUUUUGUUCUUCCAUUGAGUAUUUUUGUUAAUAAAUAUUCGUUGUAAUUAUUAUGAUGAAAUAUAUAUCGUGAGUACCCGCCAUAAUAAUUACUAUGCUAAGGUUCCACGAUGAAUUAAAAAAAAAUCGAGUGUACAGGUGUAUCUAGAAUCACCAAGAGGAGCGUUAGUUGUCUUUUAGGUACGCGCUUAUUUUUAUUAGCAUUCCAGUUUCGUUUUUGUAACGUGUUUUAUGUUCGGCAUUAUUUAAUAAUUGGAAGAUUUCCUUUUUAUCCUUCUAUUCUGUUUUGAUUCUGUGUUUUUGGAUAAUCUAUUUUAUAUAAAAAUGUAUGAUUUUAUUAAACAAUGUUGAUUUGCUAAACGUAUAUUUAUAGCUAUUUAUACCUAUCCGUGUCGCGCUGUAUAUGAGUUACCGUCGAUGUUUAUUGGGACAGAAAAGUCAACGAUAGUUACGAUUUUUAUCUCAAGUAAGAGAUAGACUGAAUAUUGGGAACGGCCGUUAUAGACCACCAGCGCCUAAGCAGUGAUUUAAUGGCAAUGUCUUGCAUUCCAUUAUUAUCACGUAAAAGUUGUUCCUAUCCACCAUAUCCAUACCGGAUAUAAUAAAUAUAUUUCCAAGAAUGAACCUAACUGAACGGAAAUUCGGCAUUGCUAGUUUUUGUGGUCAUUCUGAGAAUAGUGAUUUUUACGCGGUUUGUUUAUUUUCAUUCGACCGUUGGUCGCGACCAUCAUUUCGGCUUCUGCGCAUUCAACGAAUCAUGAACCAUUAUGGGAGUGUCAAUCGCAGUUUGUUUAUCUUUUUGUACCGCAGAUCUGACGUUUGAAAACACGUUUUGGACUGUUUGUCAAUUUCACAGUGCUGGAUUUUUUUAUUGUUAAACAUUGUAAUUUACCUGCAAUGUCAAUCUAUUUAAUAACCCAUUUAUGUUAUGUAAUACUGUUUGUUUUCCUAAUUAAAUAAAUAUCCGUUAUUGUAUGAACAGAAAUUAUAGCCUGACUUGUUAAAUGGAAUGCAUAUUUGUUAAAUGUAAGUGAAACGGUAAAUGCGUCUAAAUAAAAUAAAAAUAUGUAGGUAUAAAUGAUUCAGAAUGUUGCGGGCGAUAGUUGGUUAUAAGUUUGAAUGAACGCGCGAUCGUUGCAGACUUAUAACAGUGCCGAAAUAUCGGGAGCUAAUCUAAAUAAAGAGCAUAUAGAAGAAGAAGAAAGAUAUUCCGUAAGUGGCUCUUUAAACAUAAUACGUAAGGUGACCAAAAUAUAUUUGAACUUUGGGUAUAAUUUGGAUGUGCCUUAUAAAAAAAAUAUUAUAUCUAAGUAAGUUUAGCAAUUUCAAUUUGCUCGUUGAUUGCAGAUGUGAAGAGUUUUGAUAGAAAUGCAUUUAAGAAAUUUUAUAUUUAUAAGAAAAACUUGUAGUUAUGAUGUUAAUAAAAUAUGAUUCGGUAAA